AUGCACUCCAUUCGAAUUCAUAAAGUGAUCGAUCGAAUGAUUUCUUUCUUUCGUCGUAUCGGUAUAUGGCAUGGAGAAGACUGGCCUACAGUUGCUCAACUAAGAUUAAAGUCGUUCUAUUGCAUCUAUUACCUGUUUUUUCUGUUUUCUUUUUUCAUUGGAGCGAUUUCAAAAGAAACCGUUGAUGAAAGUGUAUUCUUAGCGGAAGUAUCCAUAAUUGUUAUGGUUUUCACGAUUAAAAUUUGGAUGUUAAUUUGGAAACAGAAGCAAAUUAUGACGUUGCUAAGUCGAAUUUGUGUCUUCUCAAUUCGAAAUGACGAAGAGUUCAAAUUUUUCACUGACAAAGUAGAAAAUUUCAUCAAAUUUGUGAAUGUAUUCGCAUGUGCUUCUGCUGGUGCUGCAGUAGGGUGUUCAGUUUUCCCCUUUGUUGGGGACAAGAGAUCCCUUCUUUUAGAUCUUGCUUUUCCAAUGGAUUGGAAAAGUAGUGAAAUCGGGUUUUGGUUGGCGUACAUUUUCUUUGUAACCGAAAUGGUUCUAUCGCUUCUGGCGUUACCGUUUUCCGUUAUAAUUUGGUAUCUAUUGCUGCAUUGUUCUUUAAGAUAUAAAAUCCUAGGAAUGGAAAUAAGAAAAAUGGGACAAAGGAUAAGUGGCAAUAAAGUAAAAAUUUCGGAGAAGGAGCGACAGACCAUAUUUUAUCAGGACUUAUUGGUGGCGAUUGCAGAUCACCUUCAUUUAAGAGAAAUAAUCGGCGAAGUGGAGGAAUUCCUAUCAAAAUUAUUUCUAUUGCAAUUCGCAACCAGUGGCCUCUGCAUUUGCGGUUCAAUUUAUUGCUUGGCAUUCGAUCUUGCUGUCAACUUUGUGGAACGCGCGGUCCAUGUUUACACGUUUUUCUUCAAUAUUGCUGAGUUGUUUAUGAUAACGUAUUCCGGGAAUGAGAUUAUGCUGUCGAGUGGUCGUCUUACAUACAGUUUGUUUGAAUCGGAAUGGGGCGGGCAACCACAUUCGACCAAGAAAUGCAUGAUCAUUUUUGGUGAAUAUUUGAAGCGAUCGCAUGAGAUGCUAAUCGGUAAAUUGUAUCCGUUAACUUUGGAAACUUUUACCAGGAUUUUGAAUUCAUCUUACAGCUUGUUCAACAUUUUAAAAAACACGAAGCAAUAA